AGAUGAAUAGCAGUUGCUGUUCGGUGGAUGUUAAGUCCGAGAAACUGUGUGACUAUCAAUCCUAGAAGGCUGAUCAGCAGCGGCAGCGAUCAAAAGCAGUGUCGAUCACCGCGGGGGAGAGCGCGUCGAUAGCAGCUCCAUCCCGACGUAGUGCCACUGUAAAUUCUUAGAUUCUGCGAAAUUGCCGUGUGGAACUACAUUUUUUCCCCAUCGUCCCAGCACCGUAAAGUCUAGAUUGUCUUCUCACAUAGUUUUGCAGAGAAGCCAUUUUCCGUCAUUUCCAGAAAGCUCGCGUGUCCGUAUUUUUGUGUUACCUUCUGAGGGCUAAAGAGUUAUUGACUGCGACUGCGCCAUCUUUUAAGACUGCGGCGCAGCAGAGAAUCGGCGAGCAGGAGGAGUUAAAACAUGGUGCAGUCGAGUUCGAAUCCGUGUCGCGUCCCUCGGCUGCGGCUACGGCGGCGGCUGCGGCCCAUCGGGCAGCUGCUGCUGCUCGCGCUGGCGCUGUCGGCGAGCAGCAGGGCGGGCGGCGUGCGGUUCACGCUGGACCGCAAGGAGUGUCUGGUGCAGUACGUGAACUGGGUGGGCGACGUCGUGCACGGCAACUUCGUCGUCGUCAGCGCCGACUCGUGGGGCGACUGGGAGCACAACGGCGUCGACCUCGUGAUCAGCGACCCCGACGGGUACACGGCGUUUUCAACGGAGGGGCAGACGCAGGGCAAGUUCGAGUUCAUGUCGCAGAGGGAGGGCGACUACCGCUUCUGCUUCACCAACAAGGCGCCGGUGUUUGAGACGGUGUCGCUGGAGGUGUUUGUGGGGCACCAGGUGCAGGCCCACGAGAUCGCCCAGGAUGAGCACAUUCUGCCGAUCGUGACGAAGCUGUCGGGGCUGCACAACCACAUCACCGGCAUCUACCUCGAGGCCAAGUGGUUCCACGCACAGUCCGAGAGGCAGAACGAACUGGCCAAGGCCACGACGCGCAAGCUGGUGGUGAAGACUGUGGUCCAGUCGCUCGCUCUCAUGACAUGCUCCUUGGUGCAGGUCUACCUGCUGAGACGCCUCUUUGAAAAGAAGCUUGGAAGGACGAUGGUGUGAUUGCUUGUGUGAGCAGCUUCGAUAAGAAUCAUGCAAAUUGAACCCCUGAGAGCUUUGCGUGAAAUUAUGUGUCAGCAGAAUAUGAUUGCAUAAUAUGCUGAGUUGAGAUGAAAAUCGUGUUACCGUAUGCCAUGCGAUGCCCGGCAGCCUCUGUCAGUUCCACUCUCAUCCUA